AUGGUUAAAGCCGAUCUGUUGAUACAAGGCCCGGCACUUCAAAUGGCCCGGGAAUCUCCGGGCGCGGAGAGCCCCGCUCCCACGUUUUGCAUGCUCGACUUGUUAGCCUCUGACCGCGCUAUCGAAUAUGCCUUCAUGUACAACGGCUCGCGAUUCUAUAUUUUCAUCAGUGCAGAAAAGCUUUUGGGCGGAGGUCACUUGUUGGAAGAUUUCCAAACAUUUUUGAGUGAUCUUGAUGAUCCUGACAUCAUGUUCCAGUUCGAGGAAUGGAUCCUUAGUCCACUCCAUGACUUCAUGCGCCAAGUAGCACCGAAGCAAGGUGGCGGAAAAGGUGGCGGAACUCGGAAGCCUAUUACUCUCCUCGACUACUUUUCUCCUCCGACAUACGCGUUCAUCCUCGUUAAUAAGGCAGGGAGACUCUUCGCUGUCCAGGAAGAGUACAAUGCUAGGGUCCAUGGCGACUCCAGUCCGAGAACCAGGAUUUUUGACUCUCUGUUAGAUUCUGGGCCCUCGGCUCACGAGCCUGCCGGUGACACUAAUAUUCGUGGCUAUAACAUGCCCAAUCAACACUUCAUUUGUCGUUCCUCUCUUCCACCUGUUCCCCAUAUCCUGGCUUCAGAACUUGAACGGGUCGAUGACGAGCUCAGCGACGAGGAAAUGAGCGACGUGCCAAGAAAAGUCCGGCGAGUCGGAACUGAUGAUGUCUUCUUCUUCAAGGCUGGCUUAAAAGACCACGGUCUUUCAAGAGAGAUAGAGCUACUUUCGCAGAUCAACCGCAGCGGCAACUUUAGCUCGCCUUUUCGAACUUCAACGCUUGUUGGGCUAGUUGUCUGGGAUGAUGACAAGACCUCUUUGAUGGGAUUCCUCCUGGAAUACAUCAAGGGCGAAACACUUGCAUCACGAAUGGACAGCGCUUCAAUAGAAACAAAGAAGAGGUGGCUUAGUCAAAUUGAGUCGACGCUAAAGAGGCUGCACGAAGUCGAUAUCAUCUGGGGGGACGUGAAGGCGGACAACGUUAUGGUUAAUACAGAUGGAGACGCAGUAUUGAUAGACUUCGGCGGAGGUUACAUACCUGAGUACGUAACACAGGAACUUCAGCAAACAGCCCAGGGAGACUUGAUCGGAUUGGAUCAUAUUAAAGCUGCCUUAGGUUUAACGGACGGAAGUUGA